AUGAACGAGGUCUUGGAGAGGCAAGAGCGAGAAACUAGAGAAAGAAAGCAUAGACGAGCUGCAGGCAAAAGGGUGCAGAGAGAACUAGAUCAACAAAUUGUCAUAACAGUGGCUUUGCUUGAUGAAGAAAACCAGAGCUGUCGUGGUUCACAAGUCGGCCGUGGCUCGAAUGUGGAUAGACAUAUGCACGAUAUAGAAUGCAACUAUGAUGAAUACUUUGUUCAAAAGAAAAAUGCUGCUGGAAAUUUGGGACUUCUUCCAGAACAAAAGUUUACUGUUGUUAUACGAAUGUUGGCGUAUGGUUCAUUUGCUGAUCAGGUGGAUGAGAUUGUCCGGAUGGGAAAGUCCACUACGUUGGAGAGCUUGGUAAGAUUUUGUGAUGCAGUUGAAAUUCUGUACACCAGGGACUACCUACGUAGACCUACGCCCAGAGACCUGCAACAACUUCUACAAAAAGGCGAAGCUCAAGGAUUUCUAGGAAUGAUUGGUAGCAUCGACUGCAUGCAUUGGCAAUGGAAGAAUUACCCAACUACUUGGCAAGGAGAUUAUGGAAAUAGGAAAGGGCAAAAAAGUAUCAUCCUUGAAGCCGUUGGAUUCGAUACAUGGGUUUGGCAGGCCUUCUUCGGAGUUGCCAGAUCUCAAAACGACUUGAACGUCCUGGAUCAAUUCCUGGUGUUCAACGAUGUUUUGAGAGGUGAAGCCCUGAAUAUCACCUAUAAAUAA